GACCUUAGGGCGUUCAACCUCCUAGGUCGCCGUAUAGUUAGCCACUUAUGCCUCCCAUAGUUGGUGGUGCGCCUCCUCUGAGGGAAGUACGAGCGCUACAGUUCGGUAUACUCAGCCCAGAUGAGAUUAAAGAAUUAUCCGUCACUGCAGAUGGUGGAAUCAAGUAUGCAGAGACCAUGGAAGGAGGGAAACCAAAACUUGGUGGGUUGAUGGAUCCUCGUCAGGGUUGUGUAGAUCGUAGCUCUAUCUGUCAAACAUGUAGUGGCAGUGUAUCAUCUUGCCCAGGACAUUUUGGUCACGUGGAACUUGCGAAACCCGUCUUCCACAUUGGCUUCCUUAAAAAAACUAUGAAGGUCCUACGCUGUGUCUGUUUCUACUGUUCAAAGAUUCUAGUUGAUGUGCAAUCGUCAAGGAUCCAAGAGAUACUACGCAAAACAAAAGGCGAUAAUAGACGAAGAAUGUCUUUUAUGUAUGAAGAGUGCAAAACACGAUCUGAAUGUAUAUCUAAUGAUGAUCAAGUCCAAAGCGAAAAUGAUGUCAGCCUCAGUAGUAAAGUGAGUUUCAGUCUUCAUAAACUCUUAUUCUUUUUUGUAACCACUGUUUGAAGCACGGAAAUUCGCAUUAACUUCAGAAUGUACGUGAAUAAUAUUUACGGUAAUAGGUGUUAAGAUCUAUCUGUUCAGAAUGUCUGGAUCCCGCUAAAUUUGAAGUACUAGACGGGCGUAUAUUUAGUGUAGGAUAUGUGAACUGUCACAUCCACAUGUUUAUGAACACUUGUAGUCUCUAGACAGUGGGUCAUAUGAUGAGUAUUUUGGUUGAAUGUAGUUGGAAAAGUAACAUACCCACCAGAAGCAGCCUGACACUAAGGGCUAAUCUGAUUAUUUUGUUAGCGAUCUUCGAUUCAUUUCUAAUUUACAUGCAAGAAAACGCAGUCAUAUUAUAAACUGUAUGUUUAUGAAGUAACUUUUCUAAAAGAUUAUAAUUUAUUUUUUAAUCAGUAUAUAUAUGAGGUAACAUCCGAUUGUCAUAAUGGGUCUUGAUUUGGUUGAUAGGAAUCUAAGUUUUUUUCUGAGGUUGCUUUUGGUUUUUAAGAAUUCAGAAAAUCGUAAGUGCACAUCGAUGUUAACUUCGUACUCAUAUUUUCUUAUGACGUCAAUGUGAUGCAUAUACAUUUUCCAUUAUCCCGUGAAUAUAUCAUAUAACUAUGAAAUAUUUACAGAAUUUACUGGAUAAUCAUGAAUUAAUUCCCACCCAUAAUGUUAGUAAUGAGCAGAUAGCAAAUUAGCUGGAUAUAUGUUAAUGUUGGUAAAUCAUAACGAGGUUACAAACAAUCCCAUUCGUUUUGUGGCUACGCUUUCGAACUAGUUAUGUAUAAUCCUGCUCUUUUGUCUGUUUUUUUUGUCACGUAAAAUGUUGACUUCAUGUCAACACAAACGUUCAGUAUAGUCUUUACGAAAAUCGUAAUUUUAUUAACAUGUUUUUGAUUUAACAAGUUAUUACUGGUGUACUUUAGUUAAAGAAGUAGCUCAGGUUAGUCGUAUUCAUGGCUUUGUCCAGAUUCAAUACAUUAUUAACUACAAACUGUAGGACAAGUUGAAUGUCAUUUAACAAGAGUAUCUCAAUUGUUUUUCUUAUUAUACAGGUAAAACGCUCUGGUUGUGGACGUUAUCAACCUCGUUUUCGUCGUAAUGGACUUGAGCUUACUGCUGAAUGGAAAAAAGUAAACGAGGAAUCACAAGAACGGAAGAUUAAUUUGACUGCUGAACGCGUAUUAGAAGUUUUUAAGCGUAUGUCAGAUGAAGAUUGCUUAUCUCUCGGGUUUGAUCCACGUUAUGCACGACCUGAUUGGAUGAUUGCGACUGUUCUGCCAGUCCCUCCUCUGUGUGUCCGUCCUGCCGUUGUGAUGUAUGGAGCCACUCGUAAUCAAGACGAUUUAACACACAAGCUUGCUGAUAUUAUAAAGGCGAACAACCAGCUUCGUCGAGACGAACAAAAUGGUGCAGCAGCCCAUAUAAUUGCUGAAGACAUCAAAAUGCUACAGUUCCACGUCACAACCAUGGUUGAUAAUGAAGUUCCCGGGUUACCUAAGGCGAUUCAGAAGUCUGGACGCCCACUGAAGUCUAUCAAACAACGACUCAAAGGUAAAGCUGGUCGUAUUCGAGGUAAUCUUAUGGGAAAGCGUGUUGACUUCUCAGCUCGUACUGUUAUCACAGCCGACCCCAAUCUCAAUUUAGAUCAAGUGGGCGUCCCACGAACAAUAGCUCAAAAUCUAACUUAUCCUGAGGUAGUUACUCAAUUUAACAUAGAUCACUUGCAAAAGCUAGUACAGAAUGGAACCCUUUAUCCUGGUGCUAAGUUUAUAGUACGUGAGAAUGGAGAUCGUAUAGAUUUACGAUAUCAUCCUAAAGUUUCAGACCUAACACUUCAGGUUGGUUACAUUGUUGAGCGGCAUAUGUUAAAUGAUGACUUUGUGAUAUUCAAUCGUCAACCAACGCUUCAUAAAAUGUCUAUGAUGUGUCAUCGUGUUAAAGUCUUGCCUUGGUCUACGUUUCGUUUAAAUCUAUCUGUUACUUCACCUUAUAAUGCUGAUUUCGAUGGCGAUGAAAUGAACUUACAUCUCCCACAAUCUGUUGAAACGAAAGCGGAAAUAAGUCAGCUAGCCCGUGUUUCACGUUUAGUGAUCACACCACAAGCUAAUAAACCUGUUAUGGGUAUUGUCCAGGAUACGCUAACUGCAGUAAAUAAGAUGACGCAGCGUGAUGUCUUUUUAAAUCGGUCUGAAAUGAUGAACUUAUUAAUGUACUUACCAACUUGGAAUGGUCGUAUGCCUAAACCAGCAAUUUACAAACCUCAACGUCUAUGGACUGGAAAGCAGUUAUUUAGCCUUGUCAUACCUGGUCGAGUCAAUUGUAUUCGUACGCAUAGUACUCAUCCAGAAGAAGAAGAUAUUGGCCCUUAUAAAUGGAUAUCUCCUGGUGAUACUAAAGUUAUUGUUGAUGACGGAGAUUUAAUCUCAGGUAUUUUAUGCAAAAAAACACUAGGUUCUGGUGCAGGCUCUUUAAUUCAUAUCGUUGCAUUGGAGCAUCAUCAUGAUCAAGUUAACAUGUUUUUCAAUAACAUCCAAACAGUGGUUAACAAUUGGCUUCUUAUAGAAGGACAUACAAUUGGUAUUGCUGAUACAUUAUAUGACCAGGCAACUCGUCGGCAAAUUAGUGGUACAAUUACCAAAGCAAAAGACGCUGUAUUCGAAAUUAUUGAUCAGGCUCAUAAUUACGACUUACAGCCAACACCAGGCAAUACACUUCGACAAACUUUCGAAAACAGCGUUAAUAAGAUUCUUAAUGACGCUCGUGAUAAAACUGGUAGCUGUGCUCAGCGCUCUCUAUCUAAGUACAACAAUUUCAAUAUUAUGGUGGUCGCUGGUUCCAAAGGUUCUCGUAUUAAUAUUUCUCAAGUCAUCGCUUGUGUGGGUCAACAAAACGUUGAAGGUAAAAGAAUUCCCUUCGGUUUUCGUCAUCGUACGCUACCACAUUUUAUCCAAGAUGAUUAUGGUCCUGAGUCUCGUGGCUUCGUUGAAAACUCCUACCUUGCUGGUUUAACACCCACUGAAUUUUUUUUUCACGCUAUGGGUGGUCGAGAAGGCUUGAUAGACACUGCAGUCAAAACUGCCGAAACUGGAUACAUUCAACGUCGUCUAAUUAAAGCUAUGGAAUCAGUUAUGAUCAAAUACGAUGGGACUGUUAGAAAUCAAAUCAACCAGUUAAUUCAACUUAGAUAUGGUGAAGAUGGGCUGGAUGCAACCCAUGUGGAGUUUCAGCGCCUUCCAACAUUCAAACCGUCUAAUGCUGUUUUUGAACACGGUUUUCGGUUCGACAUUGGCAACGAAAGAGUUCUGAGACGAUGUAUGCCCGAGGAUGUUGUCCGCAGUUUGGCUACAGAUUCACAAACACAAUCGGAACUAGAGUCAGAAUGGCUGCAGUUGUGUUCUGAUAGAGAAAUACUUCGUUCUGUCAUCAAAAAAACGGAUGACUCCGUUGUUUUACCGUGUAACAUUAAUAGACUAGUGAUGAAUGCUCAAAAAAUUUUCGAAAUAGAUCCGCUUUCAAAAACAAAUAUCCAUCCCAGACAAGUUGUUGAAAUGGUUCGAGAGACUUGUAAGCGUCUGAUAGUUGUACCAGGUGAUGAUCGACUGAGCAAAGAAGCCAACGCAAACGCUACACUCCUGUUAAGCUCACUGAUUAGAGCAUCGCUAUGCGCCAAAAAAGUAAUCAUUGACUACCGCCUUAGUUACGAGGCUUUAGAUUGGGUGUUAGGUGAAGUUCGUGCCCGUUUUCAACAAGCCCAUAUUCACCCAGGUGAAAUGGUUGGAGCACUAGCAGCUCAAUCUCUCGGAGAACCAGCUACGCAAAUGACUUUAAAUACCUUCCACUACGCUGGUGUGUCUGCUAAAAAUGUCACUCUUGGUGUUCCUCGUUUGAAAGAAAUAAUAAACGUAAGCAAACGUCCGAAAACUCCAUCUAUGACUAUCUUCUUGACUGGUCAAGCUGCUAGAGAUGCAGAACGAACAAAAGAUGUUGUUGCACGACUAGAGCAUACUACUUUACGUAAACUGGUCAACAGCACUUACAUAUAUUAUGACCCAGAUCCCCAAAAUACCGUCGUUGAAGAAGAUAGAGAAUGGGUAUCCACAUAUUACGAGUUACCAGAUUUUGAUGUUAGCGCAAUUAGCUCUUGGAUGCUUCGCAUUGAGUUCACUAGAAAAGGUAUGACUGGUAAAAAAUUAUCAAUGGAACAAAUCGCAGAUAAGAUAACACGAGCUUUCGGUAAUGAUCUUAUAUGUCACAUACCAGAUGAUAAUUUAAAGCUGGUCAUGAGAAUUCGUAUUAUGAAUAGUGACUUGGAAAAAGAUUUUAAGGAUGCUGAUACCACCUCUGAUAAAAUGGAAGAUGAUACAUUUCUUCGUUUUAUUGAGGCAAAUUUAUUAACUGAUAUUACUCUCCAGGGAAUACCUCAGAUCACAAAAGUGUACAUGCAUCUACCUAAAACGCAAGAUAAAAAGCGUGUGGUUAUCAAAGAUGAUGGAAGCUUUGAUACGGUUGCAGAGUGGAUGUUAGAAACUGACGGCACUUGUCUGAUGAGAGUUCUUGCUGAACGAGAUGUAGAUCCGGUACGCACAGUCAGCAAUGAUAUUGUAGAAAUUUUUGAAGCUCUUGGAAUUGAAGCUGUGCGUAAAGCAAUAGAAUGUGAGAUGCAUCAUGUCAUUUCUUUUGAUGGCUCGUAUGUCAAUUAUCGUCAUCUGGCGUUAUUGUGUGAUAUUAUGACUGUCAAAGGACAUCUCAUGGCUAUUACUCGGCAUGGUCUUAACCGUUUGGAUACGGGAGCUCUGGCUCGUUGUAGUUUUGAAGAAACAGUUGACAUACUUAUGGAAGCUGCUAUCCAUUCUGAGUGUGAUCCAAUGGCUGGUGUCUCAGAAACUAUUAUGCUCGGUCAACUGGCUAGAAUUGGGACAGGUUGUUUUGAUUUGCUUUUGGAUUCAGCCAAGUGUCAGGAAGCGCAACCUAUACCACUCGGUGGUGUCUUGGGAAUGGGUUUAUUCAAUGCACCAGGUUUCGAGGGUCUUGCUGCACUUGCUUCACCUGGAUUGGGCUUGACUAUGAAUGCAGAUGGAAUACCUGUACUUGGGGAUAGUGGUUAUCAUACACCAUGGGAUAACGCCCACUCACCUGUUGGUUCUGUGGAUUCUCCAAGUUACCGUGGAGGCCUUGGCGGCGCUACAGCUCCACAUAAUGCUAUGUUCUCCCCGGCUAUGCGCUACGAUUCUUCUUUAUCUCCUGGUCGAAGUCCUCAGUUAGACAGUCCUCGUACUCCGGAAGCAUUUUCACCAGCUGCAUAUGUUGGCUUCAGUAGUCCUAUGUCUUUUAUGGGUACUCCACAAACGGAAUUGGGUUCACCUGGCUCUAGUCCUGGACAUUCUGGGAGCCUCAGUAGUGGUUCUUUUGGGUAUGGAGGUCCUGGAAGUCUUCGUGCCGAUAUAUUUUCACCCAUACAUAAACCAUCCUACGCUGGCACAGGCAGCAGUUCAAGUUUCAGUGCUAGUGGGGAUAGCAACUCACCAACGUUCUCAUUACAACAAUCCUAUGAACCUAUGUCUGUCGGAUACACUCAACGUUCUCCACACCAUCCCAGUUUUUCAGGAUAUGGAAUGAUAUCUAGUGGGUCUCUUGGUCCGUCCAGCGAUUCACCCGAUAGCAUAAAUUAUUCUUAUAGCCCGAACAGUCCAAUGCCUACAGGUGGGGGUAGUUCAAUGAGUCGAGAUUUCAGCGGUUGGGGCGUUUUGCCUGGCUCAGAAACUCCUGGAGUCUCUCCAAGUUCACCUUCACCCGGUAUGAGCGCAAGCAGUUUAAGUGGUAGCAGACCAUCUUUUUAUCCAAAUAGUCAACCUGCUUCACCACUAUCAUUUAAUGCUUCUCCUUCUGCCCCUCGUUACAGUCCUCCGACGUUAGCUGGAAGUUCCUCAGUGGAAAGUUAUUCUCCACAGAUGACUACCCCCAGUUCUCCGGGUGGUGCUCCAAGUGGAACUUUGGGAGGACCAAGUAAUUCUCCACUUUCUUAUCCAACUACUCCAAACUAUCCUAUGUCUCAUGGUUUAAGUACUGGAACUGGCCUGGGAUCUUCAAGUCUUCUGGGCUAUUCAGGUACUGGUUUCUCUGGAUCCACCCUUGGCACCUCAGCAUAUAGCCCAUCAACUUUCCAUACUCCUUCAUCACACUACUUUAUGACCACUCCUCGACCAGGUUCACCAUCUCCCAGUCCACGAGAGUAUUAUCCAACUCCUGAUACACGGCGAUAAUAAACUAUAGUCCAGUGAAUCAGAGUUCUAAAUAAUUUCUAAGAUAACUGUACAUAAAUAUGUUUUAAAUAUGAAAUCAUCUGAGGUGAUUCAAAAUUAACAUUUUUUUAUCGUUUUUUCUAAGUUCCUACUUUAAAAGUUGUAUCAUUGUCAUACUUUAAUAACAUUAAAUUUCAGCGAAAUC